AUUCAACCAUGGAUAUGGCUGGCGGUAUACACGAUCCCAAAUGGAGCUUAGAACGUCGUGAAUCAUCCGGCCAUUUGGUAUGGCGCAAAGAAUCACCCAGUGCUCGUAUACGUUUUCGUUUCGAUGUCGAAGUUCUGGAAUUCGAAAAACAUCCACACGAAGAUAUGGAUCAUCAUGAGAGUGGAAUAUCUUUGAGUAAUAUCUCGUCGACAGUGGUUAUGUGUGCAACGUGUGUAGCGGCGGUGGCUGUGAGCGUAUUUUUACCUUGGUAUUUAAUGGAAAAGGCUGGCAAUUUUUAA